AUGGUUAACCGUGCGUACCGUCUAUCUUCCACCAAAGAAGGUUUUGCAAAAGAAUGCAACAAGUUACGCACCAUGUUUUCAAAGCCGUGCUAUCCGAAAACAUUGGUCGAUUCCACUAUAAAUAAGUUCAGUCAGGAACCAGAUAAAGAAAUACACACCGAGCCUUCAGUAGACCCAUCUGUUUACAUAGUAUUGCCCUUUAAAGAUCAGCGAUCAGCUGAUCGCGUACGCAAAGAUAUCUAUUCUCUGGGAGCCAAGAUCGAUGUUAACGUAAAAUCCGGUUUUAAUUUUACAAGCAGAAAACUGUCACAAACCCUGAGUGUCAAGGAAAACAAGCCCCCGAUCGUCCACACUCAAUGCGUUGUAUACUUAUUUCAAUGUGAUUUGUGCGAUGCAAAUUAUGUCGGGUACACCGCCCGACACCUAAAUCAACGCAUAAGUGAACACCGUUAUUCAGCCAUCGGGAAAAACACCUUGAAACACAGCACGGCAACAACAGAACAAAGACUGACCAUCUUUUCAAAGUUCUAA